UGGCUCCCUGCUUGGCUCCGGAGCCUCGGGCCCUUCGUCAGGGAGGAUGUACAGCCAGGUGGAGCAUCCUGCUGGAGGCUACAAGAAGCUCUUUGAGACAGUGGAGGAGCUGUCCUCUCCAGUGACUGCCCACGUCACAGGCAGGAUUCCCACCUGGCUGCGAGGAAGCCUCCUGAGAUGUGGUCCUGGCUUGUUUGAGGUGGGCUCAGAGCCCUUCUACCACCUCUUUGAUGGCCAGGCACUGCUGCACAAGUUCGACUUCAAGGAGGGGCACGUCACCUACCACCGAAGGUUUGUCCGGACCGACGCCUACGUGCGAGCCAUGACGGAGAAGAGGAUCGUGAUAACGGAGUUUGGCACCUACGCCUACCCAGACCCCUGCAAGAACAUCUUCUCCAGGUUUUUCUCCUACUUCAAAGGUGUGGAGGUGACGGAUAACGCCCUGGUGAAUGUCUACCCUGUGGGUGAGGAUUACUAUGCCUGCACUGAGACCAACUUCAUCACCAGGAUUAACCCAGACACCCUGGAGACCAUCAAGCAGGUGGAUCUCUGUAAAUAUGUGUCUGUCAAUGGGGCAACAGCUCAUCCCCACAUUGAGAAUGAUGGCACUGUUUACAACAUUGGCAAUUGCUUUGGGAAAAACUUUGCCCUGGCCUACAACAUCAUCCGGAUUCCCCCUCUGCAGGCAGACAAGGAAGACCCCAUGAACAAGUCGGAGGUGGUGGUGCAGUUCCCCUGCAGUGACAGGUUCAAGCCCUCCUAUGUCCACAGCUUUGGGCUGACCCCAAACUACAUCGUGUUUGUGGAGACACCGGUGAAAAUCAACCUGCUCAAGUUCCUCUCCUCCUGGAGCCUCUGGGGAGCCAACUACAUGGAUUGCUUCGAGUCCAACGAGACCAUGGGGGUGUGGCUUCACGUGGCAGAGAAGAAGAAAGGCAGGCUCCUCAACCUCAAGUACCGCACCUCGGCCUUCAACCUCUUCCACCACAUCAACACCUACGAGGACAACGGGUUCCUGAUCGUGGACCUGUGCACCUGGAAGGGGUUUGAGUUUGUCUACAACUACCUGUACCUGGCCAACCUUCGGGCCAACUGGGACGAGGUGAAGCGGCAGGCGGAGAAGGCGCCGCAGCCCGAGGCCCGCAGAUACGUCCUGCCCCUGAGCAUCGACAAGGCUGACACAGGGAAGAACCUGGUCACCCUGCCCUACACGACGGCCACAGCGACGCUGCGCAGUGACGAGACCAUCUGGCUGGAGCCAGAGGUGAUUUUCUCAGGGCCACGGCACGCCUUUGAGUUCCCCCAGAUCAACUACAGGAAGUACGGAGGGAAGCCGUACACGUACACCUACGGGCUGGGGCUGAACCACUUUGUGCCAGACAGGCUGUGCAAGCUGAACGUGAAAACCAAGGAGACCUGGGUGUGGCAGGAGCCGGAUGCGUACCCGUCAGAGCCCAUCUUCGUUUCCCACCCGGAUGCGCUGGAGGAAGAUGAUGGGGUGGUGCUGAGCAUCGUCAUCAGCCCGGGGGCGGGGCCCAAGCCCGCCUUCCUCCUCAUCCUCAACGCCAAAGACAUGAGCGAGGUGGCCAGGGCCGAGGUGGAGGUGAACAUUCCCGUCACAUUCCAUGGGCUCUUCAAGAGAGCGUGAGCACAAACAGCGACACCUGGCCCGGGCUUCUUCCAGCUCCCACAGGUGCAGCCUCCGUUUACAGGUGACCCAAACUCCUUCCACAGCCCUUUGCAUUUGUGGGGCUGCUUAACUCAGAUCAAGCAGUUCAGUCUUGUCAAUGAUUCUUCAAAAUGGUUAAUCAGGUAUUUUUUAAAUGCGCCCUUUGGUACCCUUUCCAGUUAAACCACAAGUUGGGGGUGGUGGAGAGGUUCUGUUUAUGCAAAAUUAAACUUUGUAGCUGCAGCAGAGUGAAAGAAGCUGAAAGAGCAGAGAGUAACCUCAACACUUUUACAUGUGGUAACAUUGUGUACAACCGGCUCUGUUACAUGGUCGAGAAUUUUUAGCCUAAACGGAACGAUUCUGGAUUGAAACACCAUCCUGGUCAUUGCUGUGGUAUCCUCAGAGCAAUCCCAGUGGAGUUUUCCACAGCUGCUUUGGGAAUCCCAAGAGGGUGGCAGGCAGAGUUUUGUUCUUCACCCAGGCUGCACACUGCACACCUUCCCUUGUGUGUUUGCUCCUUUCCCCUUCUUUUGUCCAAGUGUACUUGAUUUCUGGAUUUCAUGUAAAAACAUGGACAUGAAAAAAUCAAGCAAUUGUUACCCCUUGGGCUGACUUUUCUUUCUUAGAGUGCUACAGAUGUUCAGCUUAAUCCUUCCUUCUCCCAGAAUAAACUUUCAGCUGAUGUUAAAAGAGGCUAUUGUUGAGAAUAAAAACUUCCUG